AUGAACUUCUCGCCGACUGUCCAGACGACCGGCCAGGAGCGAGAGACCAAGGGUGGCUUCGUCUAUGCGGGCAAUGGCAAGGGCACCCACAUGUGGCGGCUCAAGCAGGAGCGGCCGGACCUCUUCGCCGAGAAAGACCUACCUGAGGAAGAGCAGAUCCCGAGCGGCUUUGCCACCUGCAGCACUGCAGGGUGGCUAUACAACAAGGACAAGGAUAUCUACUUCGA